AUGAUGGUUCCUAGAGCAUUCCUACUUAGCUCGGCACCGCCGCAAAAGUCCUCGCAGUCUAAUGGGAUGAAACCCUUCAUGCCUUCAGAUUGUUCGGGCCUUCAUCUCCCCGCUACUCAAAGCGAAACCCGUGGAUCGAGCAACACUAUCCCAGUGGGGAUUCCCCCAAAGCGUGGUUCGCGGACUAUCUCAGAACGUCGAGAUAGUCGAUCCCGUACUCCGUCGAAAACAUCGGAAUCCUCUCGCCGAUCCUCUUCCAGCUCGUCAAACGACCGCCCGAGACCUACGUCAUUCAUCUCGAUGUUGGAUGCGACGGCCAUCCCAGUCCCGCGACGCAACUGGUCAACCCGCAGACCUCGAAAGCUUCCUCGUGGAAACCACGCAGAGGAUUUCAAGCGCAUGAUACAGGAAGAUCUCAAGUCGAAAGAGGAUCAUUUCCUGGAUGGGACUGCAUACUCUCCUCUGGAUAUCCUUCUCAGCCCACCCGACGAUAAUGAGAAACUCUUGCCUGGCAAUGACUCCGAGCAUGAAUCCCCACAAUCGGUGAGGUCAACAUCAAGCGAAUCAAUGCCAUCAUUAGACCACGGUCUAGCAUCUCCCUCUAGUCUUUCCUCGCCACCAACUCCCCCCAGUCACAGAAGUACACCGGAGAGACGACAGCCUCGGUACUCGCAUUCCGAGGAGUGUGCCUUUGACCACCCUUUGCUUGAAACUGAACUCGAGGAGUGUGACUUCAUCGAAAUAAAGAAUGACUUUGAGCCUGUCACCCCCGAUACAGUAUCCACAAAGCGAUCUGCAUCAUUUGGGCGCUUUGGCUCUACUUUCAAGUCGAAUCUUACAGCUUCCUUACGGGCUAUCAAAUCUGCUGCCCAAUCUGUAUCAACAUUUGCGACACCAUCUGUUCAACCGGAGGAUUUCCUCACCCGAUCCCUUUUCACCAUCACCCCGGAGAUGACCGAUGACCGGCGUCCGCUCCCAAUGCAAGAAACGCCUUCUCCCGCAUUGCGACGUUACUUGAACCCGAGUCCAAUGAAUCCCACUCCGAUGUCACCCGCAGAGAUGUAUGUCUAUAAUGACCCUCACGACACCCCACAUGCCCCUGGUACUUGCCCAGUCUCGAUCCAAAUGCAGACCUAUCGCCGAAGCGGCGGCCGUGGGAACCGGAAAAACCAUUUCCACAUCGCGAGCAAGGACCAAGGUCAUGUCAUUUUCGAACCAGAGGCCCCACCAAUGUCACGCCAGCGCGAGAUUCGCGAGAACAGUGACUUCUUACGAGUGGUGGUCCUCGAAAUGAACAUGCGCCGCAGUGGCAAGCUCCGCGAAGACAUCCCGCCACGCGCUCGCAUCUGGUUGCCAGCACGCAAAACGAACUACCGCUUGUCGGGACAAUACGAUGGCGGAGACGAGAACAACUCAGUCCCUUCUCGAUGGGUGGGCAUCUCCGCCUAG